GAAACCCGGGUCUUACAUAUUUUAGUUUUUGUUUGGUUGGAUUAUGUUUUAAGGUGUUCAUGAAAAUUUCUAAAUUGGAGUCUUGAAGCGGAUUUCUGCCGCUUCUGGCUUUGUUCGGCAGAGUGGAAAGGAGAUUUGUGCAGCAGCCAUAAGGGUCCCUUGGGAUAGUUGGGUAUUGAUUUGCAUUGGAUUUAUUAAGUUCAUAAUCUGAUGAAUGGCUGCAAGAGGCAAGGCUCCACCAACAUUUGAGGGACGCUCUGUGCAAGUUCCUGGGAUGAUGCGACGUGGUCAACUUUCUGGUUUAGGUUCUGCUGCUUCUCAUCUUUCUAUGGAGUCCCUGCCUCAUCCUCAGGUGUUGGAGAAUAAACUUGCUGUUCAGGAAGCAGAAAUAGAGCAGCUUUUAAGGGAUAACCAUAGUCUGUCAAGUGGACAUGUGGCCUUAAGAGAGGCUCUUGUCGCAGCUGCACAGGAUGUGCAGAAGUUAAAGUCACACAUUAGAAGCCUCCAGACAGAAAGUGACAUUCAGAUCAGAAUUCUACUUGACAAAAUUGCGAAAGGGGAGGUUGAUAUUAGAGCUGGUGAUAGUGUGAAGAAGGAUCUACAACAGGCCUAUGUUGAGGCACAGACUUUUGCUGCUUCCAGGCAGGAAUUGAGUGCCCAAAUUCAACGAGCAAGUCAGGAACUGAAGAAGGUUAAUAGUGAUGUUAAGAGUAUUUCAGAUUUGCAGGCUGAACUGGAUGGAUUAGUGCAGGAGCAUCAGAGGUUACGUGGCACCUUUGAAUAUGAAAAGAAGAAAAACAUAGAGCUAGUGGAUUACAUGAAAGCAAAAGAGAAGAAUCUAAUAGCAAUGGCAAGAGAAGUAGAAAUGUUACGAGCUGAGAUUUUGAAUGCCGAGAAAAGAGUACUUGCACCUGAUCUGUUUAGGGUUUCCACCCCUGGACAAAGCAGUGGUCCAUUUGUUGAUGCUUAUGGGAGAACUCAGAGUCAGAUGGCUUCUGGCCAAGGAGCAGAGGGUGUGGUACCAAUUGGUGAUAGCAAUGGAGUAGCAGCUGUCAAUAGUUCUGGUGUUAGUGGUGGUCUUUGGUCAAGUCCAUAUGAUCCCUCAGUCGGUCGGAGGUGAAAGGGUUUUCUUUCUGUUAAAUCAAAUGCAGCUUGAAUUGAGCUUUUGAUUGUAAAGUACAUGGGAUAACUGGUGGCUUUUUUCUAUGUUAAAUCUGACAGAUUGGGUGGUUUUAUUUUUAGGUCCUUUCCAUUUGAUAUAAUACAAUUUUUUGAAUCAAA